AUGACUGCCGACGAGCAGGAGUAUGAAGUUGAGUCAGUUUUGCUGGCGCGAGUCGCGAAAAAAUCUGUCCGCAGCAAGCAAUUGAUAUGGCAAUAUCGCGUCAAGUGGAAAGGGUAUAGCAGCGAGGAGAGCACGUAUGCGUCCCGUUCCCUUUCCGUGCAUUCAUAUUCUUACUCGCAUUCAAGAUGGGAGCCAAAAGAAUCCUUCGAGGGAUCCGAAGACAUCCUUGACCAAUUCUGGGCACGAUCGAGUACCAAUGGGCGUGAUAUCGAAGAUCUCAGUCUGUUUCAUGUUGAUGAGAGUUUUUAUCCGACCGGGCCACCGCGACGUGCAGGCAAGCCAAAACCUACAGGCGCGGUUGCCCACCGACCGUCUCCAGAGAUACGAACCAAAGCUAAGCAACAAGCCGAGCCCAAACCUAAAUCGACACGCGCACAGUCAAGAUCAACCAAACGGAAACAUAGCCCUUCUGUCGAAAUUAUGGAAACAGGACCUCAACUAAAACGCGCCAGAGGGGGUCAUUCAUCACCUGCCCCUUCAAAGCCAGGGAAAAAUUCAGCGCCUUUGUCACGCCACUCCAAAGACAAGUCUACCGGCAAACACAGUUUGGAUGCAUCAACUCUGUCGUCGACGCUAAAGCGCGACCGUGUUCGUCGAGAUUCACCAGAGAUUGUACCUCCCUCAGAAGAGGAGGAGUAUAGCGACUAUGCGUUCAAUUCAGCUCCAGUCAAGGGCACAAGAGUGCUUUCUGUGCAAGAUCCUCCAGAGAGUAUCUCCGCUUCUUCCCCUGCCCUUUCCCUUCCCUUGUCGUCCAAGUUAGCCGAAGAUCCUCCAGUGGCUUCAUCUUCCGCUUCUAUUCUUUCGCAUCGGGCUCGCGCUACCAAUCCCCUCGUAAAAAUGAUAGAUAAUCACGAUGGCAUGGAUGGCGGAAUCUCUACCAAAGCUCGCUCAGGAGGCCGUUCAUCCCCCAAGAAGGCCAAGCCCGGGCCAGGACGAUCUUCGGCUGGGAUCCUCACCAAAUCGAAGAGCUCGCUAUUGACCUUCACCAAGGGUGGGUUACAGUCGGUGAAGGGGAAAUACGUGUCUGAGAGGAGGGAUGACCACGCCCAUGCCGACAUCGAGAUGGCGGCGACUGAAACGGGUGAAACCAAUCCUCCUCUACCUCCACCAACUGGGGAAGAGCUGCUGAACCUGGCUGGUCUUAAUGCUGAGGCUGCAAAAAACCUGGACGACUAUGAGGAUAAAUCAGAGAGAAACGAACCCACUAUCGCCCAGUCCAGCUUCGCUCUUGCCAAAGAAAAGCUUUUACCCACAGGAUCCAUCGCUUCUAAUAAUGCAAGCGCGCCAUGGAAAUCUACGAUAUCAAACACAAUAUUUGGACCCCUUGGCUUAGCCUCCGAUGUGCCACCAACACCAAUCGCUUCUGAUCUGUCACAAUAUCCAACUUUCCCCCUCGACCUGGAUAUUUCAGUGAAGAUUCCCGUGGUGCUCAUGGACAUCAUGUCCACGUCGGCAUCAUCGUCAAGCUGGGUGUUCAUCGCUGAGAACAAAGGUCUUCCAGGAAAAUUUUAUGAUAAUAAAACAGCGCUCCAGAUCUUCAAUACAUUGCGCACAGGCAGCUCCGCGGCAAAAGUUGUCCCAGCAUCGAGCAUUACGGAGGAGCAGAAAUCUCAAUUUGAGCGGUUUCACACCCGAUUGGAUGAUGGCGCUCUGUUCAUCCUGCCUGUUGGCAAAGAAGUGUUGGCACUCUGCUCCUCGGAAAAUGCACUAUUCUGUCAGCGUCUGAAUAUCCCUCCUGCACUUUCGUGUUUGAAAAGAAGUGUCUUACUGACUCGAGUUACGGUGGAGAAUAUUUCGGCCUAUGCGGAUGUGGCUGUUCCUGUUGAUGCCUUUCAAUGGAGAGUGUGA